CUUUAAAUAAGGGGGAGGCGAAGACGUCGAGCUACUGUUGUUUUUGUUGUGUUGAGUGCGCAGUGAGAGAAACAUGAUGUGGAAGAUUGUCCUCUCCGUUCUCGCAGCGGUUUUCGCCGUCGGGUCCGGAUCCUCCAUGUCCGGGGGGUAUCGAGUCAUCGAUGCCAACGACGAGGGCGUGCGUAAUGCCCUCGCCUUCUCCGUCGUCGAACACAAUCGAGCCAGCAACGACAUGUUCCUCAGCCAAGUGGCAAAAGUGAUCAAGGCCGAGAGACAGGUGGUGGCUGGCUACAACUACGAAAUAACUGUGAUGAUGGCGAAGACCCCCUGCAGAAAGGACGGCGCAAAGGACGUGUGUGCGAUCCACCCAGACCCAGCAAAUGCUCGGCCUUACCAGUGCACAUUCACCGUGUGGAGCCGCCCAUGGCUUAAUGACCUCAGGUUGACAACGCAGACAUGCUAGAAAGAAAACUACGUGGGAAAUCAUCCCUGUUGCAGUGUUUGCAGAAUAACCUUCAUACAGAGCAAUAUGUAUUUUCCUGUAGAUGAAGCACACAAUAAUAACCUUUUGAAAGUCAGUGUUUCAGAAUGUCUAUCAAGUUUAGUAUUGUAGAGAUUCAUUCACCUUUUGUAAUGCAUAAUCAUUAAACCAAGCAAAGAAUGGUGAACUAAAUUAUUGAUUAGGCUGUCUUUUAUUGAUACAGUUUGACUAAAUGUCCCAAUGUUUUUAAUUUUUUUUUAUGCAAAGCACAUGUACACAGAGCACAGAUGAGAUUGCAUCUGUAACAAAAUAGAAGUGCUACAUUAAUGAUGGAAAACAUUUUAUUACCCGACUGAGAAUUGGGGGAAAUAGUGGGAAAUAUCAUCUGGUAACAUUGUUUGAUCGUAAAAUGUAUGAAAAGGAACCAAACGGGUGGAUGCAUUAUUUGGUGAAAGGUGACUUUGUACCCAUGCAAUGAUAAAAAUGUAUGAAGAAGAAGCUGUAUAUGCUACAAUAGCUUUAUAAGAAAUACAUUGAGCCUGUUAGCUGAG